AUGGGUCUGCCUUACACUAAGCUGCCAUUGUUCAUCAUUCAGAACAUUGGCAGAGACAUGACAAUCGAGGACAAACUCAGUUUUAUGGUAAGAUUCGGAUCUGAAACGGCUUCUUUAUUGCAACUUUUAACGGCGCCGAUCCCUCCAUAAAUAUUGUUUUACACGUCUUUGACUACUUGUUAAGAAAAAGUUAAUGGCUGAGGGGUUUUAUAGGUUUGACUCAAAGAUUGUGACCAAACUUAUAUGUUUUUGGUGAAAAAAUUAGCUUGUAGAAGAAAAAUUAAAAAAUAUUUUUAGUUUUUCUAAAGACUUGUUGACCAGCUUAAUUAAAGAGCAAAGAAAGAUAAAAUAGAUUAUAAAAAAUUUUAAUUACUUUUUACCCAAACUAAUUUCGAAGAAGUAUAUUUAUUCAUACUAUCUGAUAUUACACUUAAAUUCUAUAAUAACAUGCCUUUAGGCGACAAGUCAGCGAGUGGAGCGAGCAAUGCUCCCCCUCUUUCGGACGUACAAGAUCCUUCAGAUCAGCGACGAACUGUCAGAGACGUUUCUGCAAGAGAACGAGGAUGGACCUCGCUACUCCUUCCCUGCCGCCAAACUACCCCGACUGUUGUCGCUGUGCACGUCCAUCGAACACUUGUCAAUUGCCAUCCGCGCCCCCUUCUCGGCGGAACCUCAGAAGAACGGAACUAGCCCGAUCGUCGGUGAGUGACAGGUUUACAGGCCCUAAUUACUGCAAUGUAAUCGGCCACAUCAAACACAAAGUAAUUAUGAUUGCAGUGUAAAAGCACGUGUUUUGGUGUUCUCUAUAUAUAUUGCAAUUGUUUUUGAAAUAGCUUUUGGCAAGAAAUUUAAAAUCAAGUAUAAAAAAGAUUCUAAAGACUUUUUGACCAUUUUACGAACUUUCUGCCACCUACGUUUAUAAAAAGUAAAAAAUAAAUUAAAAUUUUUGAAAUCUCAAAUUAAAAGUAAUUAUGAUAAUUACAGAAACUUUGUUUCCAGGCUGUCAGAUGUAUGGUGUGGGUGGUUACAUCGGCCAGUUUUGGACCAUCGCCCCAGAAUGUUUGUUACAGAAUCUGAAGACCUUUUCGUUAACUGUAGACUUGGUAUGUGCGUAUCUACGACAUGUGCCUCUGCCAUUACCCUUCCACGACCUCUACUUUGCCAUCAGUAACUUCAAAAAGUACAACUUUACAACGUCGAUCCAGGUAAGCUUCCGUUCUGAUUUGGUUCAAUGCUUCGUGAUUUGGUCCAAAAAUUCAUAGAAAAACCAAAAAAACAAUAUAUCUAUUUUAUAUUAACCAUGCUAUUCAGAUUGGAAUAUGCGCGACAGAAGAGCCGACCGUCCAAGACAUUCCAGCCGUGAUAGACAUGAAGGAGAACUUGAAGUGGGUGGCAUGGGACAUGAAGAACAAGAAACACAAGGUGAAUCUGGAGCUGGACGACUACACUGGAUACAACGAUGUCACGGUGGAGGCUGACAACAUCGACUACUCGUUAGGCUUCUUCUACUUCAACCCUGACCUAUGUGAGCCUGAAGAUGACAACAAGCCAAUGUAUAACACUUCUUCAUAA